AUGAAUUAAUAAAAUAAGAGAAAGUUCAAUGUUCUUGAAUACUUAAGAAACCCAUAUCAUUUACCACCAAAAUAAGACAAAUUCGAAAUCCCACAAACUUGCAAGGUUGGCUCAAGGACUAAUCAAAGAAGAUUCUAUAGACCAUAUAAACAUAAGACUCUAUUUCCAGAAUUAAAUAGUAACAAUGCUCUUUAUUUGAGCAAAACUAGUCAAUAAUUUAGAUAAUCAAGAAAGGAUUGGUAAGAGGAAUUAUAGACGUGUCUUUAAAGUUAAUCAGUAAUGAUAUAAACUAAUCCUAUAGAUAAGAGGAGUACCAAAUAAAAGUAAAGUCUCAUAAUUCUUUAUGAAAUCCUUACAUAAUUCUUCAUCUAGUCAAUUAAUAAGAAAACAAUAACCAGAAUUAAAACCAUUAUUGGAAAUUUAAGUGCAUAAAUUAUUUUGA